AUGGCUUCUCGGGAGGCAUCAACUUCCACGCACACCGUAGGAAAUGGCGCAAACCACGUGUUGACGUCAAGCGAAGUCAGCACUUCCAAGAGCGGCGCUGCUACCCCAAUCACAGGAAGUUUGGAACGUCCAGUACUUCACAAGGCCCCCGAGUCUCAGCUCUCUGGCGUCAAACCUUCAGUAUCCAUCAACGGGACGACCGAUAAGCACGGAGCUACACAAAGUCCCACUGCAAAGCACGUCUCUGCCCAGGUUCCGAACACCAAUCCCGACGAGUACGUUGGUCGGCUUGAACGUCGUCUCCAGAUCGUUGAAGAAGAGUUGCAAACACUGCGAAAUUACAAAAGUACCUCCGAUACUUCUGCAGGUGAAGUGGAGAAGGCUUCGGAUUCGCUUACGGAAAAGAAACCUGAAGUCAAGGACGACAAGCCAGACUCUGCAACGGCGAAAGACUUCGAUGACUUGUUUGGUAGGGUCCUCGCGGAGGAGACCGAAACCAAGGGCGAUAAGAAAAUGAUCAUGGAUCGCGAACAAGAGCUCAAGAUCGAGCAGAUGAACUACCUCCAGUUCCGUAAGGUCAAAUCAGAGAUGGGCGUCUGUAAGGGCUCCGUACUCGUAUCUGUAACCGCAACCAAGGGGAGUAUCGGUUGCGGAGAGCUGGUGCCUGAAUCUGAAGACCAGAGUACAGAAGUGCCUUACCGUCUUGCCAUCAACUCCCAUUGUUUGCUGGAGCUGCUCGGGAACAUCACCGAGACGACAAUGAGCUCGAAGAACGUUCAUUGCCGACCGUUUAAGUUUUUGGUAUCAAACGAAAAGCUCAUCAAAGAUAAAUUGGCUUCCCUCAACGCAGAAUGUGAAGCGUUAAAGGAGGAAAAGGCCGCGGUUGCCGACUCAACUACGCAAACUGGAGAAGACUCAAGUGCAGCCACCGAGGCGACCGCCAUCGAAAAUACCACUACCGAGGUGACCAGUAUCAAGACGACUAGCAACGAAGGCACCAGCGCAGAGACUACUAGCACUGAUGUCGUCUCGGUUAAAAAGACGGAAAGUGAUGCGGCAACCCCACCGGCAACCGUCGAGGAGAACGAGAAUGUCAAGAAACUACGCACUCGAGAUCAUCUUAAGCUGCUGGUUGCUUUUAUUGACGAGCACAUAUCGGACAUUUCGCAGCUACGCGUGGACCUCGAUGAUGCAAAAUUGGACGAGCUGUCCUUUGAAGAUCUUUGGCACCUGUUCCGCCCAGGUCAGCUCGUGCUGCAGGACAACAAUCAGCUGAAAAAUGCUCGGAAAGCUUUUCGAGUGCUUCAUGUCACAGGUGGCCGACCUAUGAUCGAUAUGGAUGGCAAGAAAGAUGCGUGGAACGACCUUGAUCACGACGGCGUUCUGUCUCAGAGCGAGCUCAAGAGAACCAAGCUUGCUCGACGCGCGUAUGGAGUUGCCAAGAUGACUCCUCUCAUCAUUGACGUCGCAUACGUGGACUUCGAUGGUCGUUAUCUAGGACCCAGAUCUACUCGCAUACCGAUCCUAGCGUAUGAUGGCAAACGAUCGAUACGGUCGCUGGAAAUAUAUCCUGCGCAUUACGCCGUCGAUCGCAGUGUCGCCGAAUCUGAGCUGCUCGCAAGGGGGAAACUAUUUGCAAAAUACGCACACGUUCACCACCGCGACUAUGAGGGGAGAUCUCUCAGAGACGAGCGUCUUAACACUUGGCUUGAAGAUGACAAACGUGGCGAUGACGAGGUAUCGGGACAAUGUAUAAUUGACCAGGCACAUAUCCUGGACUCCCACUUGUCCUUCAAAGCGGACUAUAUUGCCAAGCCGACUGAUCAAGAUGGUCGUGAGAUCACUUGGUUCGCAGAGUGCGGAGUCAAGGACUGCCGUGCCUGCUCGGAUAUGUACGUCGAUGAUGGAAUCGAUCGCAAGUAUCGAGACGUAUUCAUGGAGUCCGACGCUGGCAAACAUCUUCUGGACGUCAGGGAUCACGCGACCUUCGUCGAAAACACCGAUGGCAAGAACGACGAUCUAUACAUGUUACUCCCUCUUCGGCUCUACGGAUACGCAUUGACUGAACGAAAGUGGCAUGCAUUGAAUGUCAACAACUUUUGCGAGAGGCAAGCGGACAAUUCCUUCGAUGACCUCGUCUUACCCGAGGAGAACAAGACACUCCUUCGGGCAUUGGUGAAGAACCAUAUGGGCCUCAAUACUGGCGAGAAUUUACCGGACAAUCUCCCGCGCAGAAGGGCUAGCAUGGCACCGCCAUCUCUGGACAUAAUCCGAGGCAAAGGACGUGGUCUUAUCAUCCUGCUCCACGGAGUUCCUGGAGUCGGCAAAACAUCGACCGCAGAGAGUAUUGCAGCACAGCUGGAUCGACCGCUAUUUCCGAUUACCUGUGGUGACCUGGGAACGACUGCCAUAGAGGUGGAAGAUGCUUUGGAAGACUAUUUCCGCCUGGCUACAAAGUGGAAGUGCGUCUUGUUACUUGAUGAAGCUGACGUGUUCCUCGCACAACGUAGAGGUGGCGACUUCAAAAGGAAUGGAUUGGUUUCGGUAUUCCUGCGGGUUCUCGAGUACUACGCAGGAAUUCUCAUUCUGACCACCAAUCGUGUUGGGGAGUUUGACGAAGCUUUCCGCUCGCGCAUUCACAUCAGUCUCUACUAUCCACCAUUGGACCGCACUUCCACCGAAAAGAUUUGGAAGCUCAACCUGGAUCGCAUCGAAACAAGCCCAGAGUUCGAUCUCGACAUCAGAAGGAAAGACAUCAUGGAUUUUUGCAAGAAGCACUGGGAAACCAACCAGGAUUUUCCAGGUCGUCUCUGGAAUGGCAGACAGAUCAAAAACGGGUUUCACACCGCGAUUGCGCUUGCGAACUGGGACUUUUGGGACAACAAAGGCCACGAAAAGCGUGAAAAGCCGCUUUUGACUGCGAAGCAGUUCGAGUAUGUUGCCAAAACCAGCUCUGCCUUCGAUGAUUACCUCGACGAAGUGCACCACUCGUCAAACCUCGGAGCGCACAGUGAGUGGGUUGCGACGCACAAACUUCGCAAAGAUGAUUACGAGCCAUCACCUUCGGGCGGGAAGCGGAUGUCGCUACCACAUCGUAACAGUGGCAGCAAUCCGUCUCGACGUACCACUGCUAGAGGCCAGCCUCCAUCAACGCCACGCAAUGGCUCCUCCCGCGUACUAACGACCAUGUCUCUUGAGCCGCAGGAGAUGAUGGAGACUGAUGCUGAGAUCAAACGAUUGAAGACAAAGCUCAAGAAUCUCGACAAGGCGAAGAUCUCGCAAGAGAAGCGCGAUGAUAUGAAGUUUGAUAUACUUGAUCGGUUGGAGUCGCUCGGUGUCGUCGAGGGCGAUGGGGGGGAGGAAACUAACGCAGACAUCCACGAGGAUGGUGAAAAGGCUCCUUGGGGCUGA